AUGGACGGACUGCUCGUGAGAUACAGCGCAUGCGUCGAGUCGACGGGUCGCAUGGACCAAUACACCCUGGUGUACUGUAAUCUGGUGUACUGUUACCUGGUGUACUGUGACCUGGUGUACAGUAAUCUGGUGUACUAUAACCUGGUGUACUGUAACCUGGUGUACUGUAAUCUAGUGUACUGUAACCUGGUGUACUGUAACCUGGUGUACUGUUACCUGGUGUACUGUGACCUGGUGUACAGUAAUCUGGUGUACUAUAACCUGGUGUACUGUAACCUGGUGUACUGUAAUCUAGUGUACUGUAACAUGGUGUACUGUAACCUGGUGUACUGUAGCCUGGUGUACUGUAAUCUAGUGUACUGUAAUCUGAUGUACUGUAACCUGGUGUACUGUAACCUGGUGUACUGUAGCCUGGUGUACUGUAAUCUUGUGUACUGUUACCUGGUGUACUGUAAUCUGGUGUACUGUAACCUGAUGUACUGUAACCUGGUGUACUGUAACCUGAUGUACUGUAAUCUAGUGUACUGUAACCUGGUGUACUGUAACCUGAUGUACUGUAACCUGAUGUACUGUAAUCCGGUGUACUGUAACCUGGUGUACUGUAAUCUGGUGUACUAUAACCUGGUGUACUGUAAUCUAGUGUACUGUAAUCUAGUUUACUGUAACCUGGUGUACUGUAGCCUGGUGUACUGUAAUCUUGUGUACUGUUACCUGGUGUACUGUAAUCCGGUGUACUGUUACCUGUUGUACUGUAAUCUGGUGUACUGUUACCUGGUGUACUGUAAUCUAGUGUACUGUAAUCUGGUGUACUGUUACCUGGUGUACUGUAACCUGGUGUACUGUUUCCUGUUUUACUGUAACCCGAAGCACCAACAUAUGUAA